GGAGGAAAAGCUGUAUUCACAAACUCUACUCCAAGACAAAGAAUUCGCUCAAAGAAUGAGAAUGCACUCAUCCUAGAUAUUCAAAAAUUAGAAAACUUCUCUACAAAUGAUAUUAUCGCAGCUCUAGCUAUAAAGCUGGGUGAUGAUCUAGUUGGUGCCAAAGUCCACAUGUCUAGAGAACUCCGACAGCACUUAAGAAAAACGAAUGAACUAAGAGAAAAAGCUAGAGCUGCUAAUACUCAGUUCACAGAACUAAACUUUAGUGCAGAUAACCCUUAUACAAAGGUAGAUACAACUGCCACCAAGCCAAAUGAAUAUGUCAAUACCAAGAACACAGAACCAGAACAAAAGGCAAAGAUGGUCGAAUCAGAACCAGAGGUAAUGGUAACAGACCUACCAGAAAAACUGAAUCCACACACUGCCCUAACCGGCACCAACCACACAGAGACAACGCCCACAGAUAUGCCGUCAGCGAUAGAAAGUUCUAAUCGCACAGAGGCUAUGUCUACAGAAACCUCAGUAGCAACAGUUAACGCUGACCACAGGGAAGCAAUGUCUAUAAAUAUACCGCCAGAAACAGACCCUAUUGAAAUACAAGAAGAACCCUUCACAACC